AUCUCCGGCGGCUCCAUCGCGAACCUCUACACCUACACGCAGCGCUACCACCCGAACCCGACCCUGCGGCGGCCGCUCAUCGACUACGACGCGUCGCUCCUCUUCUGCCCCGCGCUGCUGGCCGGGACGAUGUUCGGCGGCCUCUUCAGCGUCAUGUUCCCGCCCUGGCUCGUCGUCAUCUGCCUCGUCGUGCUCCUGGGCUACAGCGGCAAGCGCACGGUGAAGAAGGGCAUCGCCAAGUGGAACGCGGAGUCCGCGAAGCAGAAG